CUCGCGGACAGGCGGCCAUUUCAACGCAAGAAGAAAGGCAGGCACAAGUAACUACUGGUACUCAAGUGUCUGUACAACCAUCACCUACUGCAGAGGGAAGAACGUAUACAGAAACUCCGAGCUCUUCCUGGAGAGACGAUGAACGCCAAGUUCUUCAUCACCGUCCUUGUGGGCGUCACCUUGCCUUCGCUCUCACUUCAGAUAUUGGUGAGGAAUUGCGGCACCUCCACCUACAGGAACGAUAACGUCAUAGUAGCAUCUGAACUGUCCGAGAACGCUCGUGCAGCUGCUAGGACCGGCUCAAACAUCGGGACCGAGUAUCAGACAUACACUGAUCAGAUGCUUAGCUUCUUCGCGGACGCCAGCGCCACAGGAGUUGACAUCAACGUAGGCGUGGUCUACUUCUCCAGCCUGAACAACUUCCAGUACGAUGGCCUGCUGAGGCCGGCAUCAGUGCUCACCAAUGCAAACUUUCCUACCCGAAGUGCUUCAACUGGUGCGACACUUAUUGGGGGACUUCAAGAAAUUGAAACUAACGCCGGAAGACUUGCUGUCAACGGGAGGCGAGUUCAGUUGCCUGUCAUAUAUGCGUCCCAGAUAUCGAGGAGAGACAUUGAUCCAAUCACUAUUAUAGUGUCUCGACUGAGACAGAGGAAUGUAUUCGUGUAUCUGUUCGCCGUCGGGUCGGCCGUUCUUGACAGCAAUUUGGACAACCUGAGAGGCAAUUUGACCACUGUAACUGGGAGAGACGUCGUCUUCACCGUCACAAACCUAUUCAACCUAGGCCAAGAAAUCACGAGACAGGUUCUCGAGUGUGACCUCGUAAUUCCCAACUCAUUGUGUUCCGACUGUAUCAUCGAGGAGAGUUCCGCCCUCAUCCCCCACCCAGACCGCUGUGACAAAUACGUCCAGUGUUACAUCCGGGGCAACCAGAUCUUGACCGCCGAGUUCUUCUGCCCCCACGGCACCCUGUACGACCGCACCCUCGCCACGUGUCAGCAUGCCAACACCGUCAUCAACGACAGAAGCGUCAAGACCGGAUGCCAGUGGUGUGCGAGUACCAGCGGCCGCUACCAAUACCGGGACAGCUGCGCCUCCUACUGGCAGUGUGGAGGUACCAUAGGGGCGUCCACUCUGGAGCCUAGGUGCUGUCCUCAGGGGCAGCGCUUUGACUCGGCCACCAGUUUGUGUAUCAGCGACUUCGGGUGUGACAGAACCGUCAAACACCCCCACGCGUCAUACUGCAAGACGUACUUCCAGUGUAACGGCGAAGAGUUGGCGUCUCAGUGCUGUACUGGGGGCAAUGGCUUCGUCAGCAACGACACAUUCAACGACUGCGCUCCACGGACCGACUGUGUCGACCAGAACUGCCAGGAACCAAGCAAAAACCCAAACUGCAACAUUGAAGCUGUUGGUGACUGUCAGUACAGGCAAGUGGUGAACGGUGUUACAUUCGCUACCCAGGACUGUCCCAAGGGUCAAGGUUUCUCCGUGGCAGACUGCGCUUGUUCCAUUAAAUUGCCUUCAACGGUUGUCUGCCCUAGUGCUAGGAUUAACAAUAAUGCCCUGCAGUGUAAGGACAAUUUCCUCACAACUAUGGCCAACUAUGAUGGCACUAAUCCCUAUUUCGACGAUGAAGAACCAUGGCCCUGGAACAUCAAGAACAACAACGUCACUAAAAGCGGUACCGUCGGGGGCGUCUACGACGGCGUUCGGUCGUACCUGUCUAUCCCGCGCACGGCUGGAACAGGGGAGGCAACUAAGAACGGUUUGUGGGCACGCGUCGUGUACCAGGACGGGACAGACAACGGCCAGCCUCUGAGCCAACCCAGAGUUCUCCUAAGCAACGCCCCGUGUGAUAAUGCGGUUGAUUCUAAUGAAGAUGCUUCAAUUUCCGUCACCACUACACCCAACCAGGGUCUUGUGACAGUUAGGCUCGUCACCGACAGCGGCACACAGUACGACUACAACGACGAUGUCCCCGUCUCAGUCCAGCUUAACUACAACCCUCAAACAUAUGGCCCCAAUGACAAGAAAACUGUGACCUUUCUCUACGACAACAACGUCCUCACAGCCAACCUCAACAUCAACGGCAUUAGUAUCGACCAGGGAGAGGCCACUGCAAGUGCGACAGGGAAUUCACCCAUUGGAACACGAAGUUGCGGUCUCAAGGUCGGCAAGGGAGAUAACGUUCAGAGAUUGUUCAAGGGAACUGUAGAGAGGGUGGAGAUGCACCUUGACUGCGAGUCCUUCCCAGCCUUGUAGGAGUGGCGCACACUACCGUCAUGCCCAAACUUGCGUCAACCUACAACUACGUCAUACUUACAUUAUUAAUUUAUCCACUGUUUUUCAUGAAUAAAAUUUGCAUUUA